AUGCAAGCGAGUUCCGAGGAAUCGGAGAGAGCCUUACCUGAUUUCAGCUUGGGAUCGGAUUUUGCAGAGGUCGCCGCUAACUUUAGCGACGAGUUUGCCCGCAAGAUGAGGGUUAACGACUUCGACGAAACGCCGGCGUUUCUUGAAGAGGAUGAAUAUGAAUAUGAAGAUGAAGUAGAAUUCUCUUUUGCAAGUGUAGGUACCAUUGAAUCGACGAGUUCGGCUGAUGAUAUGUUCCAGAACGGCCAGAUCAAGCCGGUCUUUCCAUUGUUCGACCAGAGUCUUCUCUUCGCCGAGGAUUCGUUGCCCCCGGCUGUGAAAAAGGUCUUUGUCGAAGCGAGGGAUUCUUCCCCGCCGGCGACGGCGGAGGACGGUGAGGCGGCGGGUCCGUACUGCGAGUGGUCCAGGAAAGCGGUGGAGGUCUCCCCGGAGCUCAACAAGAAGAGCAACUCCACCGGAUUUUCGAAGUUCUGGAGGUUCCGAGAGCCGGGAACCCGAAGCAACAGCAACGGCAGAGACGCGUUCGUGUUCCUGAACGGGGCUUCUACUACGUCGAGAAUUUCGAAGAGGGAGGAGAAGAGCGAGGCUAUCCCCGAGAAGAGGAGCGUCGGGGAAGCAAAGGCCGUGGGCGGCAGCACCGCAGUAAAAACGGCUGCGGCGGGGAAGAAGGUAGCGGGGAAGGGAAAAACGACGCCGUCAUCCGCUCAUGAGAAGCACUAUGUGAGGAGCAGAGCGUCGAGAGAAGAAGUUCGUCGACGGUCGUAUCUACCCUAUAGGCCAGGCGUGGUUGGCUUCUUCACCAACGUACAAGGCGGCUUAACCAGGGAUGUACACCCAUUCUAA